UUAUAAUUCUGUAUGUUGUAGGAUGCCUGGAAUCAUUGCAUUUUCAUCAGUUAUACUGUUCCAUCGACCAGAUCAAAGAAUUAUUUGAAAAACCCAUUCUCAAAGAAUUAAAACAUGGAAUUAAUACGUCACCUGUUUGUGGGAUUCUUCAUUUUGAGCCAACUGCAUCUGGGCAACAGUAUUUUGCUAGCUUGUUAUUUCACAAACUGGGCACAAUACAGAGAUGGAGCUAGUCGGUUCACGGUUGAUGAUGUCGACCCUUAUUUGUGCACCCAUUUGAUUUAUGCAUUUGCUGCCAUUGAUGAACGGUAUCAAAUUAUUUCCACCGAGGAUAAUGAUGAAGAUUCAUACAAAAUCUUCAAUAAUCUCAAACUACAAAAUCACAAGUUGAAGACGCUGCUGUCUGUUGGAGGGUGGAUAUUUGGAUCCGCACGUUACAACAAUGUGGUGUCCACUCAAACAACUAGGCGGGCAUUCAUCAAGUCUGUGAUUAGCUUCCUGAGAAUACAUAGAUUUGACGGUAUAGAUUUAGCUUGGCACUAUCCCGGGGCUAAAGGAAACCCAGCAGAAAACAAAAAUCUCUACACAAGAUUGAUUGAGGAAAUGAAAAUUGCCUUUAUUGAAGAGGCAACAGAUACACAACAGUAUGAACUGAUGCUUGUAGCUUCUAUGUCUGCUGGUAAACAGAUAAUUGAUGAUAGUUAUGAAGUUAACAUAAUUUCUCAAUAUUUGGAUUUCAUCAUUGUGAUGUCGUUUGAUUUCCAUGGUCCAUGGAAUGUUUUCAUUGGACACCAUAGUCCUUUGAGUCAAAAUAAAGGUGAACAUGGAGAGCUGCAGUUUUUGAAUGUGGAAUAUGCUGUUAAAUAUUACAGGUCUCAAGGUUCACCAGGAAAAAAAUUACUAGUUGGAUUUGGAACUUACGGACGGAGCUUCAAACUUCAAACCGAUAGUUGGCGUAUUGGUGCUCCAGCAAAUGGUCCUGGUCCAAAAGGCAGAUAUACAAAUCAGCCUGGUACCAUGGCAUAUUAUGAGAUCUGUGAGUUUUUGAAAGGAGCAGAUAAACAUUGGAAUUCUAUUCAGAAGGUUCCAUUCGCUGUCAAGGAAGGAGUUUGGAUUGGAUAUGAUAAUAUGCGAAGUAUCGAUGUCAAAGUCAAGUGGCUAAGGGCUGAAAGGUUUGGUGGAGCAGCAGUGUGGACGCUUGAUUUUGAUGAUAUAAUGGGUAGCUGCAAACAAGGAUUCUCUCCGUUAGUGACAAGAUUGAAAAUGCAGCUUUCAGUAGCUUCAGGAUUGCAGUUAGAGACACUUGCAAUGAAGGCAUUCCUAGCAAUGAUGGCAAUAAUACAGACAGCAUAAAUACUGGUACAGUAAUGAUGGGAGUUGAUGGCGCAACAACAGAUUUUACUCGCACUAUCCCGGAAGCUCCUACCUAGCAAUAAAUUACCAGGAGCACUCCUGAAGAACUAAACGUUUUAGUGAAGGCUGUGCAUCAGGAAGACGGUAUGUCAACGAAUCUGCUUAUCAUUACUAAGAAUAACCUGAUUCUUCUAUGGUAAGGAAAAAUGUUGUAACUUGCCCAGUGAUGGUGAAAAGCAAGCAGAAGUUCUUUUCAGGAAGCAAAAAGAUCAAAGCAAGUUUACACACUUUGCCACUAGAACAUACUUCUUCAAAGUGUUUCCAAAGUACUUCUGAUGCUGAAUUGAGUUAAAACAAAACUUGCUUCAUUAGUGAUUUAAUAAUUUACUUGUACUAACAUUCUGUGAUCCAUCACCAAAUUCAUAAAUUUGUGUGAAGCUAGUAAAUCAGUAGAAGCCACCAAGCCACCAACCAGUGGAAUGUCAGUGGAUAAAAUGUGUGUUAUCAACAACAAAAUGUUGGCUGUAGAUUAUUUUCUUAAAAAAUUGCCAGCAUAAAGCAACACCAUUGUACAUCCAAAUACAGCAUUAGAAGUUUUGACCUGUUCCUUCCUCAUUUUAAUGGUGGCUUCAAUCAAAUCCUGAAUAUUUUGUAUUUAUUACAAUACGGUUAUCAGGCCUGAAGUAGAAAUUAGAACACUAUAAGAAAGGCAAGUUUAAUGCUAAAAAAAUAUUCUUAUCUGUGUUAAAUAAAAUUAUAUUGAAUGUGUUAAAAAAAAAACAUGUUCAUUGGCAUUUUUACAAUGAACACUUUUAAAAAUCAUCCACAAAACAAGUAUUUGAUUAAAGGGGUUCAUUGUGUUUUAUAAUCUGAUCCCAAUGCAUGUUCAUUCAUGUUCAUUUGUGAAG